UAGACGGCGAGCUAGCUACCGCACGGAGGAGGAAGUUGUUGGAGCGGAGGGCGAGCGAGCGACGGGAGAGCUGAACGAUGACUCGUGGAAACCAGCGUGAGCUUGCUCGAGCAAAGAAUCUAAAGAAAACUCAGGAUAAGAUGAAGAAGUCUGAGGAUGGAUUAUCCGCUGCUGCACGGAAGGAGAGAGAUGCUCAGAUAAUGCAGCAAAAACAGAAAAAGGCUACGGAGAAAAAAGACGAGCCAAAAUAGCAUCUGUGGAUGGCUGCGUGACUAAAGGCAGAAGACGAUGACCUGAAGAUCUAUCAUUUAGAACGUGAAAAUAAAAACAUUUGGCUAAA